AUGGGUGACCCGAAGCCGACGGGGAAAUGGAAGGCCCGCAUCUGCCAAGGUGUCAAUCACAACACUUGUAACCGGGCCGUUAGCCGAGCGGUGAACGGAGUGGACGUGUCUCGGGCGAGCCAUGGAGAAGCCGUGAAGGUCUUCCAAGAGGCCCAGGAGCCAAUCCUCGUCGAGGUCAUGAAACGACCUGGGUCGAAGUCACCUGCUGUACCUGACCUCAACCAGGUCACGGUCGGCGUCCAGACGGACAUUGCUGGCCUCGUGGAUCUCUCUCCCGAUUCCCUCUAUCUUUCCACCUUCGAAGACCUCAUGAUUCACGACGAACAGGAUCCCGUUCCGUUCAUUGACGGCGCACCGGACAGGGUCUACUUGGACCAAGAAGAUGGCUUCCCUGCUCCCUGCUACGAGUACGAGGAGGUGAUAUUGCAGAGGACAUGCGAGGACGAGAAGCUGGGUCUCACCCUCUAUUACAGUUCCCCGGACGAAGAGGGCGACGGUGACGCCAUGGAUUGCUACGUGACUCAUCUCGAUCCCGAUGGGGUCGCGUCCAAGGACGGUCGUAUUCGAAUCGGAGAUCAAGUGCUUCAGGUGGACGGAGUCCCCGUGGAGUCGAAGCAACAGGUGGAGUCACUGUUUGCAGCCGCCAAGUCCCACGUGGCCUUACUGGUCAUCAGGCCUCAGUUCCAGGUUUCAUUGGGGCCAGAGGCUGGGUUGAGGGAAGAAGACGACGACGAGGAAGGGUGUCAGGGUACUGAGGGCACUCAGAGAACGAGCCUCACAUCACAACCUGAUUCUGGUCUCGACCACGACAGUUCAAGAACAUUGGACGAGUCCUCUGAAAUGGAAUCCUUCGAACAGAACCGGACUCUUCUUUUGGGAGGGAAAGUCCCUCCAUCUCCCUCCAAGAGUCUGGGACACACACCAGACAGGAAUCAGAAAGGAGAUUUUUUCGAUUCCGGGACGGGGACAUCUUGCAGCAGCCAGAGCAGUGGAGCUGGCCAUGGUCAUCCUGGUCACGGUCACGCGAAAGAGAAAAAGGACCCAAGAAUGGACACCCUCGACAGGGAACUCUACGCCCUGGAUAAGAAAAUGGAAUCCAUUGCAAUCGAAUGCCAGGAUCUGGUGGCGAAGAGCAGUGCUGUCAAGCCUGAGAACAGCGAUCACGUUUAUGAAACGAUUCCAGAAGUGAGUGAAUCCGAGGAUCCCACUUAUUGCGUUCCGUUCGACGCCGGGGGGAAGAAACGGAGUCGACAUUCCGGGUCGACAGGUUCUUCGAAAAAGUCCAACAGUACAACGACAACGACCAUAGCCUCUCCGAGAUUGCAGGCACGGUUCCGAGACGUCGAGGAAUGGGUGAAUGAAACGGUGUCGAAUAAUAAUUCUAGUCAGAAGAAAAGUGGAUGGAAGACCCCGGUGAGGUUGGAGUUGACCUCGGAUGGCUUGAGACAGUCCACGUUGACCCUAUGCCCUCCGAUGGAAGACCGGUGCCUCCAGGUGAACAUGGACAGUGACACGUUGAGUAUUUUAUCUUGUGAGUCCUGCCUCCGGAAGUGUCCCCCUCCGAGGUAUAGGAGCGAUGUGAGCGAGACCAUGUAUACGACCCGGGAAAACGUGCUCCAGACUAUGUGGAUGCAACAGAAGAUGCUGCGGGAGACCAUGCUACAGCGCCAGAAAACCGACUCGGGAUCCGGACGCCGAAUUCGGAUCCUGGAAGAAAGGGAGGAGCAUCGAGAAGAAGGGUCCAAACAGUGGAAGGUGAAGAUCCGUCCGGAUGGGACGCGAUACAUCACCCGGAGACCCGUUCGCAAUAAACUCCUUCGUGAAAGGGCGUCACAAAUCGACAAAGAACGAUCCGGUCUCACCACCGACGACGAUGCCACCUCCGAAAUCAAGUUCGGGAAGUACUGGAGGAAGGAGGAGCGGAAGAAGCAUGUGGAACAGGCAAAAGAGAGGCGCAGGCGCCAAGAAGCUGUGAUCAAGGCCAAGAUGGGUCAAGCCCUCAAUCAAGGUCACGGUCAUCCAGGGUUAACCUGCAAGCGAGGGAAUCUGAACCCUGCCGAUGACUUCACGACCAUUCAAGAAAUCUUGGUCCAUGGGAACAAAGGCACGUCUGGGGGCCUUCUUUCCGUCACCACCGUCUGAAGGCCUUCCUUUUGUCGCCACCGCCAGACUCAGAUUCACUCUACUGCAAUGACGACGAUGUGUGUGUUUUUUAUGGUCUCAGAUUGGAGUAAUAAAGUUCCGAGG